ACCCACCCGUCCAGCGAUCCAACCCCCCUUUCCUCCUCCUUAUGGCGUGUAAGCCGCCGCGAGAGCCUCGCGGAGCUGGAGGCAAACGCGCAGCGCUGGCAGCCGCGGAGGGCCCGCCCGCGACCUCGAGCUGGACGCGCAGGCCUGAGCCGAGGGGCCGCGAGGCGGCGCAGGCAGGGCCUCCGCCGCGGGAGAAGAGACAGGAUGUCUUCCGCACCGAGAGAGCGGAGCAGCGCGAGGCGGCAAGCGGGAACCCACCGCAGCAGGACGAUAACAGGAUCGCGGACCUAGCAUACCACCUCAUCCAGACCGCGACCAGGCCGUUCGACAACCACCUGCAGAGCCCAGAGCCCGCGCCACUCGAGGACCAGCUGAACAUAGACAAGGUAAGUACACGAACCCGAACGGUGUCCAGCAGAACAUCGACAAGGUAAGGUACACGAGCGUCCACGAGGGCAACCUGCUGAACAUAGACAAGUUGAAGUACACGGAAGCCUUGGGCGGUGGGAGACUGACUGUACCUAACCCGCCGUCCGAGGAAACGAACCGACGUGACCACCUCCGCUACGAGAAGCGCCACUCGCUGAUGGAGCUGGUCGAGCUGGCGCGUAAGCCGCUGGCUGUCGCAGAGGGCCCGCCCGCGACCUCCAGCUGGCCGUGAAGGCAUGAACCGAGGGUCCGCGCGGCGGCGCAGGCGGGGCCUCCGCCGCAGGAGAGACAGGCGCCAUCGGCGCCCAGGGAAGACCUGCGGAUGAGCUCCUCCUCGUCCUCCCCCUCC